AUUUAUCCAUUCCCAUUAAUACAAAACUCUUCUUCUUCCAGAAUGACCCCCUGAACCCGGACCUCGACACCCGCAACCAGCAGCAGGCGAAGUAGGCCUACCUCCUGUCCUCCUUCCGCUCGGGCGCCAUGAUCCUGCCGACGAGCGAGGGCGGGGGCGUUGGGCGCGUCGUCCCCCACCCGGCCCCCUCCUCCAAGGGCAAGGGCUCCCGAAGCUCGAGCGCCUUCUACGACGUCUCGCCCGAGGACAUCCUGAAGAACCUGGAGAAGGCGGUUGGCCCCAAGGACGCGAGGAAGGGCGGGUCGGGAGGCGGCGCCGGCGAGAGGCUGCGAGGGAACCAGCCGGCCACGGACAGUCCUCUGGCGCUGGUCAAGGAGCUCGUGGACACCUUCGGGCGGCCGCCGGAGGACUUCUACAUCCGGGACAAGGCGCUGAUGGUGGCGCAGCAGGGCCGGCUCAAGAGGAUGGUUUAUUCGACGCUCUUAGCCCACAGGAAAGAUUAUGACCUGCAUUCGGAGAGCGGGGCCAGCGACAACAAAGCGAAAAGGUCGAUCACAAAGGUCACGGAGGUCGAACAGCUGAUCUGGCUGACCUACGUGCUCCGGCAGCAGCGGAGGUUCGACGAUGCAAACUCGCUCGAUGCUUGUUUGCAAACACUCAAGGAAGAGGGUCAUCUUGAGGCCGACAGUGAUGUCCGUAAUGUUUUGAGGUUCUUGGUCGCCCUGGCUGGCUGUGGAGAGGGAGAUGACAGGCCUACUGAGGCGAAAAUUACGCCUCGAGUUGUGAAUGUUGUGGCGAAGCGCCCCACUUUCUUGCCGACGGGCCCCCUGCACUAUGGAGACACCUUCUUGCACUCGGCAGAGCAUGGCCGUUUCUACAUGCACUUCCCAGCCGAGUUGUUUAGUCCCGCCUCUAUUGAGUUGAUGAAGGAGAGAACCCCCGUGUCUCCCAUGAGCGUUGACUCCAUGCUGGGGCUUUGCAAUGCUCUCCCGGGUACUGGUAUUAGCCCUCUCCUGCUGCAGGAGAAUCAGUUUGAAGCUUUUGGCAAAGCUAUGGGUGCAAUGCUGCAAGAGAGGAGUGGUGAACUUACUCCAGAUGCUGUACUCACCUUGCCAGAAUUACCAAGCAACCCCCAUGGGUAUUGCUAUUUUGGUCAUGUGCCCAAAUCUCUGCCCUCACCGUCUAGUAGUGCAGUUGGCAGUGAUGAGGGGUAUGCCUCGUCAAGAGCAAGUUCUCGUCACUGCCCAGAAGAGGAGAAGGGUGACAUCUGGGAGGCAGUGCUGGAAGGUCCUCCUUUGACCUCCCGGCGAACCUGGGAGAACCUUGGGCACCCAGCAACUACCAAAGAGAAAUUAUAUUUGACCGAAACUGGGACUGAGACCUCUCACAGGGUUUGGGUGGUGUACCAGCAGCUAUGGGGGAGCUUUGGAGCUGCUCACUAUGUGCCAAGUCUACAAGUUUGCUCUGAAGAGAAGCUGUGUCAAGAUAUGCUGCAUCUUAUGGUUGGCUUGCCGUCUUUGAAUUUCCCAUGGCACCAGGAAACAAAGAGCUUCAGCAUCAGGGAGGGAUUGUGCUGUCCGGGCAUAACGCCAGAACCUCUCAGACUGUCACUUGUACAAUUUGUCGAAUGUGGCAGCUUUGUGCGGAGGCUUGAAACUGUGUGCACCCCUCCAGCCAUGUACACACGCCAAGUCCACAUCCAAGGUUUAGUGUUUCGUGCUUUCACUUCUGCUGUUUCAAACUUCCUCCAGAUGUAUAGGGGCAUGGUUUUGUCACUUGUUGGUGGGAAGCACCUCUUGCAGCUUCAACAGAAGGCUCAAAAUCUAGUCAAGAAAGUCAAGUUUGUCGCCGAGAUAUGCCACAUCUCCCCCGUGUCAGAAAUAAUUAAAACUUCAGGCAUGCGAACUAGAACCAGUGGAAAGGUUGUUGGGCCUGAAAGUUCAGCAAACACAUCUCUCAAGAGCCACAACUCAAGCUCAGUAUCACAGGUUCAGAUUUCCACAGAGAAGCUACCAAGGGGUCUGUCUCUCAUUGGGGAACUGCAUAGCCGCUUAAUGGUGACAAAGGACCGUGAGUGUUCUCUCCUCCUGGUGUCGAUCUUGAAAGCGACGUGCGUACCCUUCUUCAGGUAUUUAGAAGAAUGGGUGUACGAGGGCUUGUGCUCCGAUCCAGGACUAGAAUUCAUGAUAGAUGUCGAUGGAAGGUCACUCCUCAAACGGGACAGGAGUUACUGGACGCAUGGCUACACCUUGCGUGAUCUGUCGGACAUGCCACCAUUCCUUCGUGAGGUCCUCCAAGAGGCUUAUACAUGUGGAAAGGCUCUUAACUUGUUGAAGCUUUGCUCACCUAAACAUCAUCUAGUAGCAGCUGGUGGAGUCAAGCAUCCAAGCUUUCAGUUAUGCAUCUCAAGCAAAGAAAUGGAAACAAUGAGGAGCCAGUGCGAGAACUAUGCGGCACACAUGGAAUAUUUAGCCGCUAAGAAUCAGGUCACAGCUCGGCAAAGAGAAGAACAACUGAGAGAGGAAAAGAAGCGACUUUUGGCCAUAUCUGCGAGAGAGCACGCAGCUGUUAUCAAGGAGAUUGAGAAGAGAAUGAAUGAUGUCCGCCAACUAGAGAUAGAGAGGAAAAGAGCCAGGUUUAAGGAACUCAAAGAGGAAGCACGAAAAGCUGAAGAAAGGAAGAUGGAAGAGAAGGCAAAGGAAAUAGAGUUGGAGAAGAAGAUUGCCUUGGAGGCCGAGGAAGUGGAAAAGGAGAAGAAACAGCGGGAGGAAAAGCUGAAAGCUGAAAUUGAAAUGUAUUAUCAAAAGCUGAUGCAGGCAGCAGAACGUAGAGAGGUCCUUUCACAGUGGAAAUUGCAACGCUGUCUCCUGAGCGAGUCCCGGAAGAAGUUCAUUGUCAACUUCAAAUGGUCUCCACAGCCAGAGAAUGAAGCAAAGAAAGCCAGCCAAGAUGAUGAAGAGGACACUGAUACCUCAGAUGUUACAACUGAGAGACUGUUACCUUUGGUAAAAAAGCUAGACACCCCUUCAAAUACAAAAUCCAUUGAUCACCUGAGUCCAGACCCUCUGAGGAGUGACUGCAUUGAGCCAAGUCCAACAGAGGAAUCAGUAUCAGCAUAUGACAUGACCACUUCCCUCAUGAGCACUUCAUCUGACAUUGUGGACACUCCCCAUGAUGAAAAUCUGCCAGAACUGGAGGUUGACUCAACAAAGAACAUCAACUAUGAUAGAAAUGUGGCGGAUAGCAGGAUGUCCCGUGCAUACAUGAAGAGCUCCAUUGGAUCUAUUAUUCACAGCAAAGAACAGACUCAGCUGCCUGCAAGAGAUAGACUCCCUGUGCACCCAGACUUCUCUAAUGUUUGCAACCAAACUGAAGCAUCUGCCAUCAAGAAGAAAGUCUUGGAGGAAGAGUUUGGCAUCGUUAGUACAGAGUUGGUCGGAGCUCAGAGUUUGUUGCAUUCUUCUGGCAAUGAAACGGUUACCAGAGAGUUGGUUAGUGAAUUGCAAGUAGACAAUGGAAAUCUGACAGCAGCAGAGAUUCGCCAGAGGGUCCUGAAUGAAGAGUAUGGCAUCAGAGUGCGAGACACACAGAGGCCAGGGGAUGGCAAUGCUAAUUUUGUCCUAACACAAACAGCUGGUGACAAAUUAAAGGAUGGUGACGAAAAUGGCAAUACAGGUCCAGAUGAUGUAAAUGCAAAUGUAGAUCAAGGAUAUACUUCAGAAAUAGUCACAGUUCAGGGAGAUGCAAAUGCCAAUAGUCAAGAGGCAUCUGCAGUGGCUUCUACUGCCACUGUUGACCCUGGUCAAGGAUGUAUACCUCAGGAGAAAACCAUUAUGGGAAGUGAAGAUGAAAGCAAUGGUAAUGUUCCUAAUCUUAAUGAAGCAUUCACUAGAUAUCGUGAAACGUGUGCAGAGGCAGCAGCCAUCAAACGUAAAGUUCUCAGUGAGGAAUUUCAGUCUAGCACCACAAGCAGGAACACAAUGAAUCUUUUGAAAUCCAAAGCUGUAACAUCAUCUGCAGCAAUGGAAAACAAAAAGCGUGUCCUGGAUUCAGAAUAUGGCAUUGGCAUAGAAAGCACAAGUAGAAACUAUAGAGCAGCAAUAGCCUACGAACGACAGGUUUCAGGAGCAAGCACAGCCAGUUACAAAUCCUGCCUGUCCUAUGAUAGACAGACCUCUGGGUCAACUGCCUUCACUACACCUGAUGAAGAAAGGCCAAUCCUAAUAGACCAGGCACCAGCUGAGUCACCAACCUCACCCCACACUGACACCACCAUGGAGGAUGACCUCUUGUCCGCAAGGAGGCUCUCGGUCGUGCCGAAGGUCCAGCCGUACAGCGUGGAGUAUCUGAAGCUUAUGGACGAAGCCCCCCUCCUGAACAUAACUGGAACUGCGCUGACUGGCCACCCGGCAACAGUCGGCAACGCGAAGAAGGAGGAACCGUUCAUGACUCCCACCAACAGCGAACUGGCUUGCCUCCCCAUCUACUUCAUCCGCUCUAUAAGACUUCACUUGGCCACGCAAAGCCGCUUGGUGAACACAAGUCUCCUGAGUGAAGUUCUAGUCCAGGAGAGCCUGAUUGACCACUUUUCAGCUCUGCGUGCUCUCCUGCUGCUGCAUGAUGCCCACUUUGCCCGAGCUCUUACCGUAAACCUCUUCACAAAGUUUGACACAACAAGGGAUCCAGCAACACUUCUUAUUCCUGCUGAGUUAAACAGCAUCCUGCAGAAGUCUGUGGCUGACUCUUGCUGGAGUAGCAGUCCCCUAAUAGACAACCUUUCUUUUGCAAUCACCAACAUUCCAUCAGUGUUUACGCAUCAGACUAGCAUUUUGGAUUGUCUCGAGUUGCGCUAUCACGUCAGAUGGCCGCACACGCUCAUUCUCGACAGUGCAGUAUUAGCCUCUUACUCUCGCCUGUGGACCUUCCUGGCAUCUUUGCACCACAGCAUCUGGGCAGCAGAUGAUCUUUUCAGGCACACCAUGAGUCUCAGUCGGCAAGAUGCAGAAGGCAGAUUCAAAAAGUGCAGGCAGUUCCAUCAAGUUUGUCUGUUUUCACAUCAGAUGCAUCACUUCCUUCUGGUUGUGCAAGCCUAUGUUAUAAGUCAGGUUCACCAGAUCAGCUGGAGUGGCUUCGAGAAGAAGUUACAUGAAAAAGUCACCUCCCUGGACGACCUGUACGAACUCCACUGCUCACACGUCAACUCCAUUACGUCAAGGUGCUUCCUCAAUCCAAAUGGUGCUGUUGUGCUCAAACUUGUCCGAGACGUGUUUGCCCUCAUGCUGCGCUUCCGAGGCCAGCUGCUAUCUCACCAGUGGCAUACUGAUAGCGCAUCCGGGAUCACUGAACAUCCAGGCUUUGCUGCUCUUCAGUCUACCUUCAAGGAAUUCCAGAAACAUGCAACAUUCCUCCAUAAAUUGCUUCAGGAAGAGGAAAGUAAACUGCAAGAGUGUUAGUCAGAGUAGCCGAGCACAGCAAAAUGGACUACAUCAAGGACUUGGUUAAUCGGCUGGACUUCAACGAUUACUAUUCCACCGUCGCCAGGAUCUCUGUUCCGUCUCUUCUUAGGGGAUAAGAGCAGCUAAUCCUCUUGAUGUACUGAUAUCGAAUCCAAAUCACAUUUAUAGCUCCACUUAAGUGAAUUGUUUACAUUAGCUAAAAUCUACCUUCUUUUCAUCAUUAUAGGACUUCAAAUUUUUAGAAACAUAUCUUGGAGAUCUGCCCCUCUUUCAUUUUUUUCCCCUUAGUUUAAUUUUUAUUUAUUUAAUUUCUUUACCCUCUAUCCAUGUAGUAAUUAUCUUCGGCUGAAAAUAUUUGUCCUAAAUUUCAAAUUUAUCAUGAGAGCUUUGCACACUAAUAGGCUUAAUCUAGCUAAAUAGCAGUAUUACAUAAGAGUAAUAUUCAAGAAAUAUUCAUGUUACACAUAUAUACUAAAUGAAAUACAAAUUAGAUUCAAGCCCUUCAUGUCAGACAUUUACUUAUGUCAAUAUUUACUUGCAAUAGUAGUUUGAAACUAAUUUACUUGGAAAACAAGAUCUUACUCUUUUACAUUCAGAUUUUAUUUUUCCCUAUUCUAUUAUCUUGGAAGAGGUUUUGUGAUAUUUAUUAAAUCUGUUAUUUUUUUUGUCUUCGGUUAGCAACAUUGUUAUGGUAAUAGUUGUAUAUUUCAUCAAUCUGUUACCUACUUAUUAUUGAAUACUAUAUUACAUUCUAAAGAAUAAAUGGAAUUCCAAAUAUUUAUGCAUUCCAAAUAUAUAAAUGUUUAAUAUGCUUA